GCUAAAAAAAAACCAAAUCGAACAUUGCAUAAAAUCACAGAAAUCAAAGCAAAAGAAAAUGGCUUUAAGCGGAUUUGGAUGCGUAAAGAUUCAAGAGCGUCUCUUGAGUGGAACAGUAUGCGGUGCAUUCCCCACUCCCAGGAAUCCGCCCUCUGCCGCCUUCAUUUCCCCCCGCAAGUCAACCGCUCUAUCCUUUUCGUCCUCCUUCCAAUUCCAAGGAUUUGUGGUGAAUGGGAAGCAGAGCUCCUCCUCUGUACAAACAGCGGCAGUACGCCAUUUGGAGGGGUCCGUUACCAAAGCUCAAGGCCUUCGCUUUGCUGUGGUUGUCGCCCGUUUCAAUGAGAUUGUGACAAAGCUGCUAUUGGAGGGAGCUCUGGAGACUUUCCGCAAGUAUUCAGUUAAUGAAGAAGACAUUGAUGUUAUCUGGGUCCCUGGAAGUUUUGAAAUUGGUGUUACAGCAGAAAAGCUGGGAAAGUCUCGGAAGUAUCAUGCAGUUUUAUGCAUUGGGGCUGUGAUAAAAGGAGAUACUUCUCACUAUGAUGCUGUGGUUAAUUCUGCAACAUCUGGGGUGCUUUCAGCUGGCUUAAACUCAGGUGUUCCUUGCAUAUUUGGUGUUUUGACUUGCGAUGACAUGGACCAGGCAUUGAAUCGAGCUGGUGGUAAAUCUGGGAACAAAGGUGCAGAGUGUGCUUUGACUGCGAUUGAGAUGGCUUCCUUGUUCGAGUACCAUCUUAAGUAGCCGCAUCGUUAUGCUUUACGUGAUGGGGAGCUCGAUUCAAUUCGACACACCCCUCGUGUUCCUUUUAGUUUCUUUUCUUGGCAGUUUGAGCUUCUUUUGUGUUGUAACUGUAGGAUCAUUGUAUGUGAAGAGUUGUGGAAAAGCAAAAUGGUGAACACAGAUCUUGAUAUUGGAAUUUGGAAUUUUUCUUGUUAUAUUGUGAUCGAUAAUUGUCAUCGCAUCGCAGUGAACCCAUAUUUGACGUAAUAAAGGGUCAAUGCUUUUGCUUUCUU